GCCCGGCCCCUCUCUGCACCUGAACAGAGGGAGGGGCCUCCCUGAGCGUGACAAGGGGAAAAACAAGGAAGAGCUCACAAGCAGGCAGUUCAGUGUGUCUGUUCACAAGCCCAGGUUGAGCCUUGGAGACGGAUAUAAAAGCGGAGUUUACCGAGCCGGUGGCUUUCUCAGCGCAGACAUGGACGUACCGGACUCUCCCCAUGGCAACAUGGGGCUGUUGAGGACCUUUGACUCCCCUGAGUUUGGCAGCUGGGAGAAAAUAGGCUCAGGUGGAUUUGGACAAGUAUACAAAGUCCGGCACAUACAGUGGAAAACAUGGCUGGCCAUAAAGUGCCCUCCCUGCCUUCAUAUGGAUGACAAGGAGCGCUCAGAGCUGCUGGAGGAGGCCAAGAAGAUGGAGGCCGCCAAGUUCAGGUACAUCCUGCCUGUGUACGGGAUCUGCGGGGAUCCCCAGGGCCUCGUCAUGGAGUACAUGGAGACCGGCUCCCUGGAGACCCUGCUGGCCACCGAGCAGCUGCCCUGGGAAUUGCGCUUCCGCAUCAUACACGAGACCGCGGUGGGAAUGAACUUCCUGCACUGCAUGAGCCCGCCGCUGCUCCACCUGGACCUUAAGCCGGCCAACAUCCUGCUGGACGCUCACUAUCACGUCAAGAUAUCUGAUUUUGGCCUGGCCCGGUGGAACGGCCUGUCACGGGCCGAUGACAUCAGCAGAGACGGCUUCUGCGGCACCAUUGCCUACCUGCCACCCGAGAGCAUCAUUGAGAAGGACAGAGUGUCGGACACCAAGCACGACGUAUACAGUUUCUCCAUUGUCAUUUGGGGGAUUCUCACUCAGAAGAAGCCCUACCAAGGUGAGAAUAACAUCCUUCAGAUCAUGGUGCGGGUGGUGAGGGGGUUGCGUCCAGACCUGGCUGCCGUGCCCCGCUGUCGGCCCUCCGCCUGUACAGGCUUCCUCAGCCUCAUGCAGCGCUGCUGGACCAGUAACCCUGAUGCCAGACCCAGCUUCCAGGAAAUCACAUCUGAAGCCGAGGAGCUCUGCUCUAAACCUCAAGAGGAGCCCAAGACGUUGACCGUAUUGACGUCAGAGCCCACGUCGCCUAACGCACUCACAAGUGACCAGGUUAAAGACAACAAGCGUCCAAAGUCAGCCAUGUUGCCGGAAAAAGACUACAGCCUGUCAGAGUUGUUAAGCCAGGUGGAUUCUGGGAUCUCAAGGAGCUUUGAUCGAGUGAAGGACAAAAGCAAAGAAGACACCUGCAAGAGGCUGUCUGGUAUCUCCUCUGCUGAUUCAGCAUUCUCCUCUCAAGACUCUAUCACGCUUUCUUUUGAGAAAGACAACACUUGCGAUUCUGCUGAGGCCCAGAGGCGGAAGCUGUGCGAGGCCAUCCGGACCAAAGACACGGCCAAGCUGAUGAAGAUCCUCCAGCCUCAGGAUGUGGAUCUGCUCCUGGACGGGGGAGGCAGUCUGCUCCACCACGCCAUCGCAUUGGCCAACGAGGAGGCUGUCAAGUUCCUCCUCCUGAACAAUGCUAACCCCAACCUGGCAAACGCCCGUGGCUCCACCCCCCUGCACCUGGCCACAGAGAGGCACCUAAAAUCCAUGGCAGAACUUCUGCUCGGGCGGCGCUGCACCAACGUCAAUGCCAAGGACGAGGACCAGUACACGGCUUUGCACUGGGCGGCCCAGAAUGGGGACGAGGCCAUCACGCGCCUGCUGCUGGACCGGGGUGCGGCUAUCAACGAGACCGACGGCCAGGGACGCACGCCGGCUCAUGUCGCGUGCCAGCACGGCCAGGAGAACGUAAUCCGCGUGCUGCUGAGCCGCGGUGCCGAUGUUCACAUCAGGGGUAAGGACGACUGGACGGCGCUCCAUCUGGCCUCCUGGCAAGGGCACCUGGGCAUCGUCAAGCUGCUGGUGAAGCAGGCCGGCGCCGACGUCGACGGGCAGACAACAGAGGGCCGCACGCCGCUGCAUCUGGCUUCCCAGAGGGGGCAGUACCGAGUGGCGCGGAUCCUGAUCGAACUAGGGGCGGAUGUUCACAUGACGUCUACCGGCCUGAACGCACCCCUGCACGUGGCAGCAGAGACGGGUCACACCAGCACCUCUCGCCUCUUGAUCAAACACCAGGCGGAGAUUCACGGCCAGAACGCCCAUGGACUCACCCCUCUCCACCUGGCCUCCCAGCGAGGCCACCUGGCCACAGUCAAGAUGCUAAUAGAAGAAGGUGCGGACCCGUACCGGUCCGACCAGGCCCUGCGCCGCCCCUGCCAUCUGGCAGCGGAGAACGGGCACUGUGAAGUCCUGAGAGAACUGCUCCUUCACUGUCCGGAUGGUGGCACUCUGUUGGACGAGCAGGGGCUAAGCCCUCUACACUUGGCAUUGCAGGGUGGAUACUCUAACAUCAUCACUAUGCUGCUGCCGCACGACUGUCAGGACAUGGUCACCAAGACCUCGAUGCAACCGGCGGCUGAACGACCCGCUGUGCCGGAAACUCUCCCGGGAGCUCCACCGGAAGCUGUGCCGCUCCAGAGGAAAGUGGUCAUUCUCAAGCUGACGGAGCGCUGCCCACAAUCCAGCACCGAGCGGUGCACCUCAGCACCCUGCUAACGAGGGCAAAGACACCGCCAAGCCUGUACAGAACUAUCUCCACUGUCUGUCUUCAUACUCCAUUGGUACCUCAGUGUUGGGCUCGAGGGGGUCAUAUAAAUGUUUUGGACUUAAAAGCCCUUUCAGCGCUGUAGCUAUUUCCUACCGGUCAGAAAAGCUUUAUUGUAAAUAUGUACACUGUGAAUAGAAACGUUUAUUUUUUUUGCACUUUUUUUACUAGCACAUUUCUUUUAUUUUUUUUUUUACUUCAGAAGCACCAGCAUCAAAGUUCUGAUAAGGUAACCGGUGACGCUAUGGGGACGUUUCACAAUUGCGCACUGUAGCCGAUUAGCCUGUAAGUCAUAUUUAAGAGAGUAAUGCAGUAGAUCAUCAGAGCUUAGAAAAAUAAAUGAAAAAAAUCGUUGACCUUCAGUGUUCUGAACCUGUUGCUUAUCAGUGCUGCAUCAUCCAUUAAAACUGUUUCAACCUUUGUAUUUUUUUUGACCAUGUCGCUUUUUUCUUGUCGCUUAAUAACCUGAAAAAUGCAUUGCAUGACAUUAUAACCCCAAUGAAAUGUA